AUGAGGAAAGGAGGGCUUGGUGUGCUGCUGCCAUUUCUUCCACCUUCAGUCUCUCUCUGCACCUUUCGCCGAGCUUCCAACAGCACUGCGUUGGGACAGAGCAUUCGGAGGUUCACAACCUCAGUGGUCCGUAGGAGCCACUAUGAGGAGGGUCCAGGGAAGAAUUUACCAUUUUCAGUGGAAAACAAGUGGUGGUUACUAGCUAUGAUGACUUUGUACUUUGGGUCUGGAUUUACUGCACCUUUCUUUAUAGUAAGACACCAACUGCUUAAAAAAUAAUCCAUGAGACAGAUAUGAAGAGGAGCAUUUUAAGAUGUGCAGUCUCUUUGAAAAAAGGAUCAAACUCU